AGUCCACUUCUUGAGCAAAACAAAGUUACAACACAAUGCCUUGCCACUAAGCUCACACAAGACCUGGUAGAUCAUAUAAAGACAUCACUUCCAUACUUGACAGACCAAAUCAGAGAGCAUCUUGAGACUGUUAAAACAGAACUGAAGAAGUAUAGCACUGGUCCUCCACUGGAACGUAAAAAGAUGGGGCCCGAUCUGACGGAGGAGAGCCGCCUCAGGAUGAUCAUUUUCCUGUUUGCUUAUGGCCGUAUGGUACAAGCAGAGUUUAGAGAUGUGUGUGAAGCUUGUUUCAAAAGCUUUCCUCAGCUCAGAUCCAUGGCUUUGACUAAGAUUGACGAAAUCCAGACUAAACAGGAAACCAAAGUUGAGAAGAGAAUCAAAGAAUACAUCAAUAUGGAGCGAUUUGUGUACACUCAGGACAGUAUUUUCAUCAAGGGCUUGAAGGAUCAUAAAGCUCAGUUCAAAGAAGCCAUUGAGGAAGAGCGUUUUUAUGACCCAGAGGAAAUUGAGGACAUCACUGCUACAUUCAACUCUACCACAUUUGAUAGCAGGAAGCUGACCCCAGAUAAACUUGGGGUCUACUAUGAGAUUAUCUACCAGCGCCUGGCAGACUACGUGCCCAUGCUGAUCCUGCAAUUCAUGCUUAAGGAGUCAGCCAAGAUGCUUUGUAUCCAGAUUAUGGAUCAGAGAGACGGAGCUGAUGUUGUCAAACUGCUGAGCGAAGACUCUAUGGAAGGCCGCAGGAGAGCAGACCUGCAUCAACGCCUGGACCGCCUGAAAAAGGCCCAGGAAAAACUUAGUGAGUUUUAG